CCUCCAGAUAUAGGUGAGGCUGUGAGAAAAACACACACAAGCACACACAAAAAGACACAGAGUGAUUAUUUGCGAGUGAGAGAUCCGAGAGUCCAUACACACUGAUUUCUUCUUGAUUUGCUCUUUUUCCCCCCUCUGUGACAUCCCGCUUCUUCUGUAUCCCUUUCUGUAAAUCAUCUGUCUUUCAAAGUUUACUGAUUUUUUGGGUUUGUAUUUUUGGGUGAUUUUUUUAAAUGAACAACAAAAAACAAACUUAGAAACGAUUUCAAAUUUUCAAGAGAGCCAGGUGUUUUCAGAACAGAGAUCCAGUUUUUUAAAUUUUUGUAUAUUCACUUCUUUUAAUUAAUCAUUUUUUGUUAGUUGUUUUCAUUUUGUAUUUGUUUUUCAAAUCAGAGGGUAUUUUUUGUUGUCCCUCAAGUGUAGUGUUUUUUUUUCUCAGAUCUAGAACUCAAGAGUUAGGUUUCUUUAUUUCAAAAACCUCUUUUGAUUUAGAAAUUAAAGUAAAAUAGUUGUUUUAGAUUAAAAUUUUAUUUUCUGGGUUUUAUUUGUUUUUAUUUGAAUAUCUCACCUGUUCUUUAAUUUUGGUAAGAAACAGGUCUGUUUGAUAUUUGUUUUAUUGUUUUGAUUGAAAAAAGAAUGUUGGCUACAAUGGAUAUGUGGAGUAAUAGCACAGCAUCUUUUCAGUCAGACCCUUUUAUGGGUGGUGAGCUCAUGGAAGCACUAGAGCCUUUUAUGAAAAGUGCUUCCCCAACUUCAACACCUUCUUCCUCUUUAACAACCAACCAAACACUGUCUUACCCUUCUUCUAGCCCUUCUGCUGCUUCUACCUCCAAUUCUUUUCCCUACAAUUCUUGCUUUUUUUCUACCCAGCCCAUGGAAUACCCAGAUGAUUGCUCCACGUCCACAACCCAUAUGUUUUACCAAGGGUUGUCGACCCAUGACCCAUUGGGUCUCGAGCAACCGGGCUCUAUUGGGCUGAACCACGUAACCCCAUCUCAGAUCCAGCAGAUCCAACACCAGAUCCGUGUCCAACCCCAACAAAAUCCGACCCAGGCUCCUUUCUGGCCUCAAGAUCAUCAACAUCAGCAGAGUUCGACCCUGAAUUUCCUCAGCCCGAAGCCCGUCCCCAUGAAGCAAGUGGGUUGUCCACCGAAGCCCACCAAGCUCUACAGAGGGGUGAGGCAGAGGCACUGGGGGAAGUGGGUCGCGGAGAUCCGUUUACCCAAGAACCGAACCCGGCUCUGGCUCGGCACCUUCGACACCGCGGAGGAGGCGGCGCUGGCCUACGACAAGGCCGCCUACAAGCUGAGGGGCGACGGCGCGAGGCUCAAUUUCCAGAAUCUCCGCCACAAUGGGUCCCACAUCGGCGGCGAUUUCGGCGAGUACAAGCCUCUACACUCCUACGUUGACGCCAAGCUCCAAGCCAUUUGUAAGAGCUUGGCUGAGGGUAAGAGUAUUGAUGCUAAGAAGAAGCCCAAAUCGCGGUCCUCGGCAAAGGCGGCGGCGGCGACGGAGCCGGACACGGUGGCUACAGCAGUGGCGGCGGAGGAUGACGGGAAAGUGGAGACAGGAUCACCGGCUACCGUGAGUGACGGGUCGGGUGGAUCUUCUCCCUUAUCGGAUCUGACGUUUUCGGGUUUUGCAGAAGAGGAUCCAGCAUGGGAGGGGUCUUCGGAGAAUUUCAUGUUGCAAAAGUACCCCUCUUAUGAGAUUGAUUGGUCUUCCAUAUAAUCUAGUGUAGGUUUAUAUGUGUUGUAGUAGUUAUAUAUAUUAGUGUCUAAUUGGUGUCUGCAAUGGAAUUUUUGACAAUUGCAGAGCUACUACUAUGUUUAGAGUAAUUUGAUGUAUGUAUGUAAUCAGAGUAGUCGUCCGACAUGGUCAGCUGGUUUUUUCUUUGCUAGACCAGGGGAUGUAGAUUUAAUGAUGUAAUUUAUUUAUGUUAAUGUUACCUAUAUUCUAUUCGUAUUACUAUUUACCAUUUGCUUUGUGAUUUUGCUUAA